UAUACAUAUAUUCAUAUAUGAAAGGGAAAAGGAGGGAGAGAAACACAUAACACCCCGAGAAGAGGCGCAUUGCAAGACUAAUACGACGCAGAAAGAACGAGAGUGCGCGUCAGUAGGUUUUACCCUGACCUCGGUCAGACAGACAUGGUUUAAUUUAACCGGAUCUCUGCAAACUCACAGUUCAAUCUAUCUUUGCCCAGUGGCACGUUCAAAUCCUCGCGACGUUCGCGAUUUAACCUCACUCUUUAUUGGAAGAAAGAAAGGAUACGCUGCUUUUUUCGAUAUCUCGUAUUUAAGAUGUUAGGGCUACUUUUAUUAGUAGCCAUUCUUGGUACAUCAACGUUUGCCUACAAUGGCGAACUGGUGGAACAAGAAUGUCCCAUGGAUUGUCAUUGUCAUUAUUUCCGUGUCAAUUGGGUGACCGACUGUUCUGAAAGCAACUUGACGAGCAUCCCGAUUGACGAGCUUAGUCCAAAUGUCUACGUUCUAGAUAUGAAUGGUAACAACAUCGCACAGGUCGCUCCAUUUCCACAUUCGAUCAAGUUAAGACGUCUCCAGAUGGCACAUAAUCGAUUGACCGAACUCAAGUAUAAAUCGUUCGCCGGAUUAACUUAUUUAUUAGAAGCGGAUUUUUCCUCAAAUGCUAUCACUCAUGUCGAUCCCGAGACGUUUAGGGACAGUCCUGGUCUAAUUACGCUGGAACUUCAAAACAACCCUUUGGAAGAGGUUAAGGGUCAUUUCUUAAAAUGUCGCACCUUGCUCUACCUCGAUUUGAACUCGUGCGGUAUACGCCAUCUGAACACACAAUUCUUCCACAAUACAACGAAUCUAAACAAACUCGACUUGUCCCAUAAUCCACUUGGACAAAUUAAGCCUGGCCCGUUCGAUCACCUCGCCAAUUUGGAAUACCUGAAGCUGAACGCUUGCAACUUGACCCACAUUUCAUCGAUCGCGUUUGCCCAUUUGGAAAAUCUUCGAGAACUCGAGAUGGCGGAAAAUGAUCUACGCACGUUAAGUUGGACGAGUGUAUUAGCACCUUUAGUUCGAUUGGAAUAUUUGAACAUCAGAAAAACUGGCAUCACCAAUCUGCCAGGCGAUGCCUUCGCACAGAACUUAUAUCUAAGGCAACUGGUCCUUGCUGAUAAUGAAUUGUGGCACCUGGAUGUUGGAAAUACAUUGGGCCAUAACUUGCACAGCCUUCAAUCGUUGGAUCUAUCGAAUUGCAAUCUGCAAGAUCGCCUUUCGGAAGAGGCUUUCAAAAACGCUAGUAAACUACGCGUGUUGAACUUGAGCGGUAAUCCAAUGUUCGCCGCUGAUUUAACAGUUGUUCUGCGUCAUUUGCCAAAACUUCAUAAACUUUCAUUGAGCAAAUGCAGCCUGCAACGUCUACCAAACGCGUUCCAUAUUUUUAAACAUUUGGAAGAAUUAGAUAUCUCGCAUAAUCCUCUGACAGACGCGUUCGUCAGUUUGCUGAACCCGUUAGAAUCGUUAGAAUAUCUGGACAUGUCUUAUUGUAAUCUUGGUUACGUUGGAAACAACACAUUUGCUCACAUGACUUUUCUCAAGAAGCUGAUCUUAUCCGGAAACAAAUUGCACACGCUCGAAGAAGGAUUAUUCGCUAAUCUGACACGAUUGGAGAGUCUAGAAUUGAACAACUGCGAUCUGAAGACUCCCAUCGAUCCCAAGGUGUUCGGUGAUCGCACCACUACCGACAUCAUCGAACUCAAACUCAGUGGAAAUUCUUUAGAAGUGCCCGAAGAUGGCCCCCUAUUGCCGACACAAUUGUCCAAUCUCGAGAUCCUCGACCUAAGCAACUGUAAUCUGACUCAUCUGAAUGAAAAUCUCUUUUCCACGACGAAAAACCUGACCCAAUUAAAUCUAUCCAGCAACACUAUUUCCGGCACAGAGAAUCUAGCCUGUCUUAAAAAGUUACGCUUGCUAGAGCAUCUGGAUCUGAGCAACAACAGUCUGGCCACUGUGAACCGGCGAGUUUUCAAGUUCAAUUCGCGUCUGUUAUCGGUCAACUUACUGGGCAAUCCAUUCGUAUGCAACUGCUUCAUCACCGAUAUGUGGGACUGGGCUGUGCAAGUGAAGAACGAUCUACACGUGUUGGUGGGCAGUCAACCGGCGAAUUUCGAAACCGGCGCAGCGAAACUGAGAAAGAGCCUGUCCUGUACCUACGACGACGACACUUAUCGCCAGAUUGAGCAAGCUCGCGCUAGUGGUGAUCGUCCUUCUAGGAAAGGCGACUUGUCCCGUACCCGUACCUGGGCGAAAUACGUUCGUGAGUCGAAUUGCGGUCGUAGUUUAUGAUACAUAGCGAACAAAUUUCAACAUCCGAUACUGAAUUUCUUUUACGAGAAGACACACAGCAGACAAAGAAGCGAGUUGUAGUAACGUAUCUUGAAACUGCAAGGCGCACGCAAUUAUACCAUACACACUUACACGUGUACAUAUAUGAUUAUGCGCCAUGUUGUUAAGUAAGACUUAUCUAUUCCCCGAACGAAGCCAAAAAACGUCCCUUUUACUUCUAUGAGGCAUAUGACUUUAUUUUUGUAGCUGGUUUCAAUAGGAUUAAUUAAUGUAAGACGUACGUAUCAAACGACUAGAAAUGUCGAAAAAUUUUAAUACGCGGAGAUAACUUGAUCUCGCGUUACACAUUUUGUUUGAAUGGAAUCUAUGUGUUGUAUGUAUUUCGUGCGAGCAUGGUCAUCCUCGUAAAAUCAGAAGAUGGUGAUCGAUCAUUCUUUUAUAAGGGUCACGAUGACCGUCUUCGACGAACUUCGACCCUUCCAUAGUUUGAGGGAAAACGUAUUUAUACGCUGAAACGUUGUAUUUGUAUUUCGUUGAAGAGCGGUGCAAUACGUCUAACGUCGGUUGAGAUGAUUAAUGUAACGGGGGGUGAUAAAAGAAAAAAUAUUUAUCGAUCGUCGGAACAACGGGAGCUUUCUCGAAUUAUCAAUCACCCUUUUACUUCGACUCUCUUUUGUGUUUCACAGACGCUUCUUUUUUUCUUUUUUCUUUUUUUUCCCCCACACAUUGAUGCGAGAAUUAAUGGUCGAAAUCUAAGACCAUUCGUUGUUCCGAUGACAAUGGUGCCGUGUUUUUAAUUAAUCUCGCUCGACGAUCGAAUCAAUUCUCAUACUUUAUCCGCGUCUUACGUGAAUAAUAAAAUUGAAUUGAAUCGAUUAAUUGAUAAAAAUUGUAACGAAAGAUUGUUCAAUUAAAUAAUGCGUGUUAAAUCAAAACAAGGAAUUCAUGAUAAAAUGAAGAAAUUCUUCCAAGAAAUUGAAUUGUUACAUUGAAAUCAAAAACAUAGAUUCUAUUUAACCAUUGAUAACGUGAUGAAAUCGUCAAUUAUCUCCGCUUAAUUGCGUGGAUAAUUAAUACAAAAUUUUUGCAUGCUCGUAAAUAUACUUUUGUCCGUAACUAUCCGUUAUUUUUCUGUCAUUAUAUGCGAGCAUGUUACGUAAACGAGUAUGGAUGUCGCCAGGUAUAUAUUUUCAUUUAA